AUGGCCGCCGCCGAUGUUCGCGACAUGUUGGAUUUGCCCGCGGAGGGCCAACCCCGACCGCAUAAGAAACAGAAGGUCGUCGAAAAGAGGCCCGAGGGUAUCACUCGUGAACUUUACGCCCUGCUAGGUGAAAGAGCACCUCCGAUCGCCAUCAACGAGAAUCGAUACAAAGGUCGCCCAAAAUGGAUGAGCAAGCUGAGAGUUCGCCCUUGGCGCAUGGCUCCCUUCACCAACGAAGCUCGAUCGGAUGGACUCGUUCUACAUCACUGGCAAAGACAAGGCGACACCGUGAAACCGGCGCUGGAGGGACCAGAGACAGAAGGCGAAGAACAGAAACAAGAUGAAGGUGCCCCGCAAACCCCGGACCAGGAAUACCUUUUUGCGAAAUACAAUGUCAAAGCUCGAGUGCCGAGGCGAUACACAGACGAAGAGUACAACCGACAUCUGAAGAGUGAUGACUGGUCGCGCCAGGAGACAGAUUAUUUGAUGGAUUUAGUCGAGGAAUACGAUCUACGAUGGGUGGUUAUUGCCGACCGCUACGACUUCCAGCCACAUCCCGUCGAUGCAGAAACGAACAACAGUGCGCUUGUACCGGCCAAUCAAGUCCGGACCAUGGAGCACAUGAAGGCACGGUACUACUUUGUUGCUGCGUCUAUGCUUGCCCUAGAACAUCCUCCAUCGGAAAUGUCCGAGGCUGAAUUCGAUUUACACGAGAAGAUGAUGAAAUUCGAACCCGAGCGCGAGCGGGCACGGAAAGAACUUGCCGCUUUGCAAUUGGAACGUACGGCUGACGCAGUGCGGGAGGAAGGAGUUCUGCUGGAAGAACUGAAACGUAUUACUGCAAACGAGCAAAAUUUCAUCGCAGAGCGCAGAGAGCUGUAUUCCCGCCUUGAGGUUCCCAUUAGCGUGGGCAACACCACCAUGUAUCAGUCCAGCCAAGGCUUGUCUCAGCUGCUUCAGACCCUUCUCCAAGCCGACAAGAGCAAAAAGCGACGCUCUAUACUUGGUCCCGAGGGUGCCGCACCCAGCCCGGCAGCACAGACCCCAGCACCGAACGCGAAUACCCGUGACAGCCGUGGCGAAACCCCAAGCAACGCACAAGCAGCACCUACGAACAAGAAAGCCGCAGCCGCAGCCGCAGCAAACAAAGAGGCUCAACAGAGCAUUAGAACGCUCACUCCGUCUGAAGAGGCCAGAUACGGCGUACAGCAUCACGACCGUCUGGCUCCAGGCGUACAGUUCCGCAGUGAUCGUGCUCAGAAACUGACGCAGGCCAAGUCCAACGUUCAGACCCAGAAACUGGCUGCUGCCCUCGCCGAGCUAGAAGUACCGCUUCGGCUGGUCAUGCCUACAGAGCGGGUAUGCAAGGAGUUCGAGAAGCUCAUCCACUCGGUGAACUUAUUGCUUGACGCCCGCAAAGUGGCAGAAAAGGUGGAGAGUGAGAUCCGGGUGCUUGAAGCCGCUAAGCAGGAAAGAGAGCGCAAAGCGAAAGAAGCCAAAGAGAAAGAAAAGCCCGAGGUAAAGACUGAACAAGACGAUAAUCCAGCGCCAACCGCAGAUGUGGCUACCGAGUCUACCAGUGCUGCCGCUGCCGCUUUACCUUCCGCAGAAGGUCAAGAGACGGCUGGUGGUACAGAGGACAAGGAGGCAGAAGCUGGCAGUGGUGAUACUGGCGAAGCGACAGCGCGAGAAGGUACCUCGCAAAAGCGUUCAGCCAGUGUCCUAAGCAACACCAGUGAUAAAAGUACUAAGCGACAGAAGAAGUAUCUUCUGGGGAUAAAUUGCCUUUGUCAUCUGCUGGUAUCAGCGUGUACCCGUAACCAAGACGACGACCCCCAGACAUCCAUCCGACGCUGA